CAACCAGGCCAGUACUUGUAUCCCCAAGAGACCAUUCAACUGUUCUCUUGAUACAGCUGCAAGCUCCCUGAGUCGCAAUACAACCCAGAAGGACAACACAGUCGCAUGGUCGCUCAGAACAAGGAGAUCCGCGUCACGUACGUCCUAUACCACCUAUAGACUCCGUCCCCUCUGACCUGUUCUUCAGCUGGGGUGCAGACGCCCGCCUCACCUCCCACCUCAUAUCCUUAAUCUCAGAAACGCCCCGCUAUCGCGAAUGUAUCUUUGCCAACGCCGGCGAUAGAUGGCUGGUUGAGCGAGACCUGUGUCUUGUCGUGCUAGGAGAUGAAGCGUGGAUGAGAGACAAGGAGAGCAAAGGGUGGGUAAGAAGAGGCGAGAAGGGCUGGGAGGCAACAGAAAUGUGGACAAGCGGGCUUGUCCACCCUGUGCGAAACAGACUGCACCUUCUCAUGAAGAGGAUGAGAGAUGGGUGGUAUCAACAAAAGUACGGAGUCGACCCUUCCUGGUGCUCUCCUGAUCAAAUUCCGGAGCAGAUCCGAGCAAGCUUCCUUAUUGCCCACCCUUAUUACUUUACCCUUCUUGAACUUUGGAACAAACGGUCUCUUGACGGAGAGCCAAUUGAUGCUGCAAUUCGAGCCGCUGAAGGAAAGGGCAAGAAGCGGGGGCCAAAGCCCAAGCUGGGCGCCGCCUUGGAGCCUUCCGCAAAAAGAGCCCGAAUCGGCGAGUCUUCCCACGACUCUGCACCGAGUCUCUCGCCUCCGGACUCGCUGGGCCCAUUGGCCGGAGAUAUCCAUCUAUCUUCUCAACUGAGUCCAGAUUCCACAAGCGAAGGCGAAGAAGAGCAAGAUGAGCUGUCUGUGGAAUCCAGCCUCGCCCAACCUUUGCCCAAAGCAGAACCCGAGACUGACAGCUCAGCCUUGACAGCUGGCAAGCUUCCCGGUGCGGGAACGCUCGACCUCGGUCUUUCCUCUCCCCCGGUCAAAAGGUCGAGAGGAAGACCCAAGGGAUCUCUGAACAAAAAGCCAAGGAAAGAAGGCAGUGCUGUCGCGGGCCCGGCAGGGCUCGUAGAUGAGUCUGGGGCAAAGGCAGAGGUGCCGGUGAAGAGGGGGAGGGGUAGACCUAAAGGGUCGACCAACAAGAAGAAGGUCUAGUACCUUCUAUUUGUCAUCGUUCGCUUUGAGGUCAUCUAUAUAUUCCGGGAUCUGCGUUUUCCUCUGUACCGAGCAUUAUACCCAUGUGUGUACACAACUGUUAGAAAGGACACUCAGUCUACCUGCUGGAUGCUAUUUGCUAGAUGCAACAGCCAUAUAGUUUUGACAGCACGACUCAAAUCCUCACUUGUCCAACCCUCUCUAAGAGAGUCGCCUGAACGACAUUGCAAACAGUAUAUCUGCCGAAUGCAUUGCAACU